UUUCCCAGCUAUCUGGGAUCGCUCUAUUGGAGGUGAAGGACCGCCUGUCCCCUCUCUGCCUUUGCUGUCAAUGGCUUUCGGGACGUAUUUUAUUUGAAUGUCUGGGCGUUAUAAGUGACCAAUGAUGGAUAUUCUAUGGAUAUUAUGGACCAUACCGGCCGUAAUAGCUGUUGAAGAGACACUUAUGGACUCCACUACAGCCACAGCGGAACUCGGCUGGACGGUCUACCCCAUGUCAGGGUCGAGUGACAAUAGCUGGGAGGAGGUGAGCGGUUACGACGAAAACAUGAACACCAUCCGGACGUACCAGGUGUGCAAUGUUUUCAACAACAAUCAGAACAACUGGGUACGGACAAAGUACAUCCGGCGUCGUGGUGCUCAGCGCAUCCAUGUGGAGAUGAAGUUCUCGGUUAGGGACUGCAGUAGCAUUCCAAACGUGCCGGGCUCAUGUAAAGAGACUUUUAACCUCUAUUACUAUGAAUCUGAUGCAGACACAGCCACCAGAACCUCCCCAGCUUGGAUGGAGAACCCCUGGAUCAAAGUUGACACCAUUGCAGCAGAUGAAAGCUUCUCCCAGGUGGACCUAGGGGGCAGAGUGAUGAAGAUUAACACUGAGGUUCGGAGCUUCGGCCCUGUGUCACGAAAUGGCUUCUACCUGGCCUUCCAGGACUACGGUGGCUGUAUGUCGCUCAUCGCUGUCCGCGUCUUUUACCGGAAGUGCCCUCGCAUCAUCACGAACGGGGCGUUGUUCCAGGAGACACUCUCAGGAGCAGAGAGCACCUCCCUGGUGGCUGCUAGAGGCGUUUGCAUCCCCAACGCAGAGGAGGUGGAUGUGCCCAUUAAGUUGUACUGCAAUGGAGACGGAGAAUGGAUGGUACCCAUCGGACGCUGCAUGUGCAAAGCUGGGAACGAGGCCGUGGAGAACGGGACUGUUUGUCGAGCCUGUCCGUCUGGCUUUUUCAAGCCAACUCAAGGAGAUGAACCCUGUAUGCAGUGUCCCAUCAACAGCCGUACCACCAGUGAAGGUGCCAUUAACUGCGUUUGCCGCAACGGAUACUAUCGCACCGACUCAGAUCCUCUCCAGAUGCCAUGCACAACCGUCCCUUCAGCUCCACAGACUGUUAUCUCCAGCGUGAAUGAAACCUCUGUGAUGCUGGAGUGGAUGCCUCCUCGGGAUUCGGGGGGCCGUGAGGACGUAGUUUUCAACAUCAUCUGCAAGAGCUGCGGAGGAGGCCGGGGAGGCUGCACCCGCUGUGGGGACAACGUUCAGUUUUUGCCCCGUCAGCUGGGUCUGACAGAAUCUCGGGUCUACAUUAGUGACCUGUUGGCCCACACGCAGUACACGUUUGAGGUGCAGGCUGUCAACGGGGUGUCAGAUCAGAGCCCCUACUCCCCUCAGUACGCCUCAGUCAACAUUACCACUAACCAGGCUGCUCCAUCUACAGUAUCCAUAAUGCACCAGGUCAGUCGUACUGUGGACAGCAUCACCCUCUCCUGGUCCCAGCCUGACCAGCCUAAUGGAGUCAUCCUGGACUAUGAGCUACAGUAUUAUGAAAAGGACCAAUCAGAAUAUAACUCUACCACCAUCAGGAGCCAGACCAACACAGUGGUCAUCCGUGGCCUCAAGCCAGGAAGCAUCUACGUGUUCCAGGUCCGGGCCCGCACCGUAGCUGGGUUUGGACGCUACAGUGGCAAACUGUACUUCCAGACCAUGACUGAGGAGGAAUACAACACCAGUAUUCAGGAGAAGCUACCUCUCAUCAUUGGCUCAGCAGCCGCUGGCUUGGUCUUCCUCAUUGCUGUGGUCGUCAUCAUCAUCGUCUGUAACCGGAGGCGUGGCUUUGACAGGGCUGAUUCAGAAUACACAGACAAACUGCAGCACUACACCAGCGGCCACAUGACUCCAGGAAUGAAGAUUUAUAUUGAUCCGUUCACAUAUGAGGACCCCAAUGAGGCUGUGAGGGAGUUUGCCAAGGAGAUUGAUAUAUCCUGUGUGAAGAUUGAACAGGUCAUUGGUGCAGGAGAAUUUGGCGAGGUGUGCAGUGGUAACCUAAAGCUCCCAGGUAAAAGGGAGAUGUUUGUGGCCAUAAAGACUCUGAAGUCUGGCUACACAGAAAAGCAAAGGCGGGACUUCCUUAGUGAGGCAAGCAUCAUGGGCCAGUUCGACCACCCCAACGUCAUUCACCUGGAGGGCGUGGUCACCAAGAGCAGUCCUGUCAUGAUCAUCACUGAGUUCAUGGAGAAUGGAUCGCUGGACUCCUUCCUCAGACAAAACGAUGGGCAGUUUACUGUGAUCCAGCUCGUUGGUAUGCUACGUGGCAUCGCCUCAGGCAUGAAAUACCUGGCUGACAUGAACUACGUGCACCGAGACCUUGCUGCCCGAAACAUCCUGGUCAACAGUAACCUUGUGUGCAAGGUGUCAGACUUCGGCCUCUCGCGCUUCCUGGAGGAUGAUACAUCAGAUCCCACUUACACUAGCGCUCUGGGAGGGAAGAUUCCUAUCCGAUGGACUGCACCCGAAGCUAUCCAGUACAGGAAGUUCACCUCUGCUAGUGAUGUGUGGAGCUAUGGGAUCGUCAUGUGGGAAGUCAUGUCCUACGGAGAAAGGCCUUACUGGGACAUGACCAAUCAAGAUGUCAUCAAUGCCAUAGAGCAGGACUACCGGCUUCCCCCACCCAUGGACUGCCCAAGUGCGCUGCACCAGCUCAUGUUGGACUGCUGGCAAAAGGACCGCAACAAUCGGCCCAAGUUCAGUCAGAUCGUCAACAACCUUGACAAGAUGAUCCGCAAUCCCAACACACUGAAGGCCAUGACCCCGUUAUCUUCAGGUGUUCAUCUCCCUCUCCUGGACCGCAGCAUCCCAGACUUCUCCAGCUUCAGCACUGUGGACGAGUGGCUGGAUGCCAUCAAGAUGGGCCAAUACAAAGACAAUUUUGCCAACGCUGACUAUUCUACAUUUGAUGUGGUGUCCCAGAUGACCAUGGAGGACAUCCUGAGGGUUGGUGUGACGUUAGCAGGCCAUCAAAAGAAGAUCCUCAACAGCGUCCAGAUGAUGCGGGCACAGAUGAACCAGAUUCAGUCAGUGGAGGUUUGACCCUCCGGAGCGGAGCAGAGGGGGAAAAAAAAGUCGUUUGGGAUGCAGGGCUCUGGGUGUGGAGGAUGGAGUGGAUGUUUUUUCGCGUUACAGUCUGUCUGGUCUUCCCACCAGACUACCAUUCAUUCCCUGUUCCCCUCUCCACUUCCCUCUCUCCUCCUCUUAUCCACUCACCCUGACUCUCCCUCCAUCCUUGGGAUCAGCUGUGGAGAGUCGUGGAAACAAAAGUCCGUGUAAUGAGGCGUCAGAGGGCCCACAGCCAACCCACCUUUGGAGCUUGAAACAUGGGAGGUUAGAAAUGACCAGCAACACAUUUUUCAAUCUUCCACCAAUUUUCAUUUGAUGUUGAACAUUUAUUUUUUUGGUUUGUUUGUUCUGAUAAUUUUGUAAAGAAUUUUUUAAAGAAAAAAAAGAAAAAACUGAGAAAAGGCACGGAGUUUAUCUAAAUUUAUAGAUGAUAUAAGGUUGUACACUAGACGAACUGAGUAGGAAAGCUACCCUUUAAAAGGGCCAAAAAAAAAAAAAAAGAAAAAGAAAAAGAGGAGUUGAGGAGACGAGGCCAUCCUCAACAAGGUGUGGAUAAUGUCUUUGCUGUUUUUAAUUUUGGACAUCAUGAGGAAACACAGAGUUCUCUGUGGCCCUCUAAAAGGCAAACUGCAGAGGAGACUAAGGGACCCGACGUGCACUCCCAACUGUUUCCCCAGGAGAGAAAAAAAAUUAAAAAACCAUGAAAUGGACACAUUUUGGCAUAGACUGAUGUCAAAAACACCUUCACAGUGAAAUCAACACUCAAGAAAAAGAAAAAAAACAUUUUUUUUUCUCAUUGCAAGUAAUUUUCUAUAUUGUGUGAAAUUUUGUGAUGAAGAUUCCGUCUCACCAUGCUUCCUCUCACUAUAAACAAAAAAAGUUUUUUUUUUCUUUCACAGUGAAAUACUCACAGCUUGCCAAAUAGAACUCUUCCCUUUUUGCACCCCAAUCAUGAUCCUGUACUGUACAUAUCAGAUGCACUUGACCUGCCACAACGCGAUGACUCAGAAACAGUUACGAUCGGUCAGUUCAGGAGCAGAAGAACUGACCGCAGGGAGGGUUUAAGUUGUUGUCACAAUCAGUUUCUUUUCUUAUUCUGUGAAACAAUAAUAGUUUGUGGAGAAAAAAAACAGCCAACAACUUCCUACAUAGGUUCACACAAAAAGAAACAGGUUCUACUGUUUACAUCAGAGUCCACACAGUAUGUCCUGUUAUAGCAUCCUCCUUCACGUUGUUCAUCUCCAAUGCCGUCUGUGCACAUAUUGCACGUGCAUACCACAUGCACAAAGAAGCAGUGGCUCCCGUUGGGACUCGUGUUUGAUAGCAUGCUGAGUGAGUGGUUAAUUUCACAGUGCUUUGAUUUGCUGCAAUUACUAGAACUCUGUUUGGUAAGAGCUUGGAUUUGACACACUUUACAGAUUAUAAUGUGGCUGCAUUAUAUUCAGUGUUUCUUCUUCUUCCAGUUUUUCUUUUUGAAAAGACAUGUUUAUGUUUAAAAUAUUAAAGUUUUGAUACCACACAUGGUUAUUUUACACGCGACACACACACACACACACACACACACACACACACACACACACACACACUCACACACUUUAUAUAGACUUUACAAUCAGGCGUUUGUUGAAUUUAAAACAAAAAUGCAGCGUGUUAUAUUUUUGCAAUUUCUGUAUGGAUAUUAUUGAAUUGUUAUUAAUAUCACUUUUAGUUUUUUUUUUUUCUGCACUGAGUCGACUGACUCCAACAAACACUCUGAAUCUUCCAUCAAUGCUUAGAAAUUUAUUUUUAAACAUGAAUCAUGUUGGUGCACAAAACCAUGUAGAUAAACGGCAUUUCCCUGUAACAGGUUUUGAUUUCAUUUUAUAGACAGUAUAUGCAUUUAUUGUAUGGUUUCCUGUGAACAAUACUGUCUGAUGAGUACAGAGCUGUCAGUCAUCGUUUGUGUUGUUAUCUGUAACCUGGCGUGAGGGUUGUGAGGGGAAAGAUGGAGUUCAUAGCAAUGCAAUGAUCCCCUGGAGAUGGUGAAUCAGCUGUGGGUUUAUGUAUACAGCCACUAAAUGAUAUCAGCAGUGCUGGGCUCCGCUCCGAGACCUGACAGCCAGACAUGGACGUCCAGCUGUGAGCCAUCGGUAAGAUGUGUCCGGUCACAGCGGGGUGGGCCGCACCCGGAUCACAGCCGCUCUGUCCAGGCACUGAUUCCCUCUCUCUCCCCUUGAUCACAUACAUGCCUGUCAGCCACCUGUCUGCCGCUCCCACUGAUCUCCACACAGUCGGCGUUCAGCAGUUGUCUGGUUUUGUCUCGGCGAGUUUAAAAAGAACCAACAGCAGCAGGCGAACUGACACUCAUCAGUGGGGCAGUUGUGUCUUGUCUUGUCCUGAUGCUGCAUGCCUCUGUGUAUGUGAAAAAAAAAAAAAGAUUCCUCCAGACCGGAUGGACAGUGCUGCCAUGUUUGUUGGUACCAAAUUCUCAGACUUGACCUGAGUUUUUGUGGCGUCACUGCAGACAGCUUUAGCACCAAAGCUCUGGGUAAAGAAAGUGAGAAACCUCAGUUAUUGCACCCCUGUCAUCUUACCUUUCAUUAUCCCAGGCUGUCCAGAGAAUUUAAGACCACGAGUGGAGGGAUUUUUAUUCUCUUUCUGCUCCAUAAUCCUCUCCUUGGUUAUUUUCAGUGCAACACAUCAGAACGAAUAUUUCCCUGGAAGCUUUUAUAACAUAUGAAACUGGAGGAGGAGAAUCAUGAGCUGUUAGUCAUAGCAAAGAGGCGAGUGAGAAGUGAUGCUGUGACCUAAAUGCCACCGAUGCCAACAUGCAGUUUGCUUUUUAACUGAGCUUUAGACUGUCUUCCUUUUCCAUUUCUCAAUACUUAACAGCUCAUCAGUUUUAUGUUGUGAGGCUGUACGUCUUCUCAUGGUGCUGCAAAUAUUCCGUCGUCAGGAAAAACACUUAAUGUUGUUUGAGAAAUUAAUCUAAAGUAUACACAAGGCUGGUGAGUUUCUGCUGCGGCCCCAUUAAAGCUCAUUCAGAUGCUUGUCCAUGGAUGCUGCCAAGACUUUGAGUUAUUAAUCAAGCAAUUAUCCUUGAACUUUGCUUGGAUGAACUUCCUUAAACAGGGUGGGCAGACAUUCUUAUUGCUAGACAUUAAAUAGUGCUGAAGUUGACUUUAUGUUGCAUACUGUCAGUAUUUUCUUGCCGCUCAGAGAAUACUUUUUGUAGAACUCCUUCUGAGGGGUUAGUUGUUUUCCAUUUCGUCUAAAGGAGUUUAAGAAGACCCUUUGAUUGAAUGUGGAGUGUUUGAAAGCACUGCAUGAAGUAUUUAUGUAUCUUAUGAUUUUGAUGGCACAAAAGAGACGUAUUGUUACAGUUCAAGCUGAGCAAUGAUAGUGGAAGAAGAAAUUGACGCACUUAUGUCAAGUGUUUCAAAUGAUUUUGCCUUCCUUUUCAACAGCAGACUGGCUGCUUUCUUUACACCAAAGCCCAAGCUGUGAAAAAAACCCUGAUAUCCAAAUUCUAGACUGUUGAAAAAUGUAUAGAAACAAAGUUACUAAUUCAUCUGGCACAGUUUUUAUGGAGGGCAUAUUUCUAAAAUACAUUUUAUGUGGUGAUAAUUCUUUUAUCACCUCUCUGAAACUGAAAAACAAAAUAUUUAAUUUAAGUGAAAUUCUUUUCCAUUUCCGUAAAUAUUUUUCACAGUACAGAAGUGUCGGAUAUAUCUGAAUAUCGGAUCACUGGGAAAUUUAAAUCUACUGUAUGUCAAGUCAAGAUUUGUAUAUACAGAACGGUAUUUGUGUCCUUUAUGUUUAAUUCACUUGCUUAUUUCCCCUUUAAAGCAGUUGUUUUCUACUGUUCACUUUCCAGAAACAAUAUGUAUUAUUUAACUUUUCAGAUGUAGUUUUAUUGUAAAUUUUUACAGCACCAAAAAUAUGCCAUCUACACAUGCAGACUCCAGCUUCUCAAGUUAUAAAACUUUUUACAGUUUUCCUCUGGAAAUUGAAGUAGAUGCAGCGUGGUUGUGAUGGUUUCACACAACGUUUGCCUACAGCAGCUUUCAGCAAAACAUACUGUACUUUCUCCUUUUACAUCUGUGAAGCAAAGUAAAAACCACUCAGUCCUGCCCUCACCGUGUGCCAAUUUUUGAAGGACGGAGGAAAACCGUUAAGUCUCAGUGUUACUGUUACAUGAUAGUGUGCAUAAACACGAGCUGUGCCAGGUUGUACCCACUGGGCUGCGUUUGAACGCUGCCCAACUACAGUAUGGUCAGAGUGAGAGGUCUGCCUCCUGUUGUGGAGGACAGAAAAUGGCUCCUGUUUAAUGGAUGCAGCACGAAGCACCAGAGCGCCCUCUGCUGCUGUGGUGGUCAAAUGUAGCUUGUUGGAUUGACAUUUUCAGGUGCAGAUAGUCUGUGAAUGUUGCAGCAGGCAGAGCUCCAGUGUUCGGGACACGUCAGCAGGCUGCUGAUGGACAAACGCUGGCUGCUGCUCAGAACAAGCCUGUGUCUUUCCCUCUGUUGGACAAACUUUCAUACCACUACGGCACCCUGCCACCUGUGUUCCCCUAUAUGACCCUGCUACCCUCUGUUACCCGCCUCCCCCUCCCACUCCCACUCUGGCUGUUGGCUAGUACAGGCGGGGGAUCAUCACGAGUUCCCCGGUCCUUUAAGCCCACAUUAUAGACCAGUGCCGGUUCAGACCACUGUGACUGAUGUGGGACAUCCUGUAUUUCUGUAUAAAUGUAUAUUGACUGUAACCCUGUGAAUGAUGUAACAAUUUCAUUAUUUGUAAUAUUGUCAUUGGUUUAUUUUCUAAAAAUGGAAAGCCCAACUUGACUCUCCUCAAUAAAAAAUAAGAUCUGUUAUAAAACAGUGAA